AUGGACGAGUUUCUGGCUACCCUUGGCGCCCAAGCCAUGAAAUACGCCAUUAGAUCCGGGAUUGGCUUGACAUCAUCCUAUGCCAUCAGCCAGUGUUCACGGCUAUUAAAAACAGCACCAGCGCGGGAUCAUGAUGUAACUGCACAACUUCGGACAUUGGAAAAACUGCUGGACAGCAAAAUCAAGGUAGUGUCCCCGGCUAUCGACCUCGUAGAAUUCAAAGCUGGUCGUGGCAAUGUUUUUCUGGAUUCAGCCCUCCCUCUGGCAAGCUCUCUUCACCGAGAAAUUACAUCCUUGGGUCAGCGAAUCGAGGCCAUUGUCGCCAAGUGGGAGGCCGAGGGUUCUGAGAACACUACUCCACGGAGUGCUCAGAAAGGUAGAGAGGACAUCGUCAAGGUCGUUGCCGAUAUCAAGGCAUUGCUAGAUCGGAUCGAUCGAGAGAUUCCGCUCCUGCAGUUGGCCAUCUCAGCUUCGGGAGAAAGCCUAUCGUCUUCUUUGCCUGCCAGCGUUUCACCUUCGAGGCUUCUGCAGGCAAGUACCUUGUUAACUGUCGGAGACACACAGUUUGCGCGGGACCCAGCUUAUCCUGUUCAGAUUGGUCCCAUGUUCAAGUUGUCUUUGUAUUUGCUGUUUCUCGGCCAUAGCUCUCCCGUCGCCCAGAGUGCACAACCUACAGACUUGUCCUUACAUCACGGAUCCCCAAGAAAACCCUCGACUCCACAGGCGAGGCCAACAGAUUCUUGGCAAUCGCAGGGGAAGAAACCAAUCUGGCAAGAAGUCAUUCAUAAAGCAAAUGUGCGUCUCUGUCGGGCUCCUCAAAAUGCUACUUCGAUAGAGGAGUUGGCCGUCAGACCAGGUGCUCAGAUAGAGUAUGAAUAUUACCUGGAGAUCAUUGAGGAUCUUGAUGACGGGCGAGUACAUGCCGAUGCCAACCAGGAGCCUGGUGAGCUCCAAGGAUCACAUCUACAGGAGCGAAUUCCUCUCUACCAGUUGUCUAAGAUCUUUUACACCGAUAGUGGAAAGAUACUAAAUAUAGGAUCAAAUUCGGAGUCUGGAAGAAAGCCCAUACUUCUGCUCAAGCGUGAUGUGAGUGCAAACCAUCCUCGUUCGAAAGAGGAAAUGGUGAGAUCACACCUACCGACAGGCGCAAGCCAUGGUCCUAUAGAGGCAAGCGAGAUUGAUUUAGCCGAGGAACAAGCUGCACUUGAUCAACAGCUGUUGUCAGAAGAAGCUCUGGGACAGGAACCCCGGUCCGUUACCGAAAGUUCUUCGUUCCAACACCGACGAUGGGGAUUUCCAGACUACCUCGACCCAGCAUGGAUAGCAAUGGAGAUGUUUGAAGAGCCAUGUGAGAGUGACGAUGACGAACCCGAAGACGAGGAGGACAUCGAGGAAGUAAAUCAACUUCCAAGUAACGGUUUUUUAAAUCAACCUUGCAAUCAAAACCAUCAUACGUGGGAUGGUUCCGAGGCUUCAGUUGUCUCAGCAAAUUCCGAGUUAGAGACUCAGAUCCAUAACCUAUCACUCCGGUCACCCUUACCAUCUGACCAAUAUAUUGGGGAAAAGCAGACUAGCAUGGAUCAGAUUUUACCUGUUGCCACGGGGAGUUCCGGAAGCUUCAUGUCUCGGUCACCUUUUGAUGCCAUCAUUACCUCCCUCUCUUUAAUUGAGAUGCUCAUCCGCUUAGCGAGCCUUCAAGAAUUCCAACAAGCGUCUCACCUAUCAAUUCCUGAUCAUGUUAUGUCCUUCUUUCUAGAAGAGACUUCGUCUACGGGUUUGUCGGGGGAGGCGGGUUGGAAAAUGCGAAAGGAGGCGAGAGAACGCGUGGGAUUUGACCCCUAUUCAGAUAUCCCCAGCGACGAUUAG